AUGGAAUAUGUUUUCGUUGACGACUUACACCGAUAUAAACGUUUAAAAGUCACACGUGCGUGCGAGUCAUGCCGAAGAAGAAAAGUUAAAUGUGACGGUGGAUCUGGUGGUUCUCAAACACCUUGUUCAAGUUGUAGGAAAUUAAAAAUUGAUUGUAUCUUUUCAAAUAUGGCCAUGAAAAGAGCUGCUCCAAAAACUGAACAAGAACAAAUGGAUGAAAGAUUGCAACGAUCUGAAAGUUUACUACAUAAACUUGAUGAAGAUGAUAUCAAAGCAAGAAAAGUAAUAAAUGGUGUUGAUUAUGUUGACUCUCUAACUGACGUUAUGGGUCACAUGAAAAUAGCAUAUACUGGCCGAGCAAGUUAUAUUCAUUCUUUGGAAGGAAAUAUUCUCAUCAAAGAAGGUACCUACACGGAACCACCAUUACCAUGCGAGAGUUCUUUAGAAAAUUGUUAUCCUACACUUGAAAUAAUUCAACAUUUAGUUGGACUUUAUUUUGCCAACGUUCAUCCUUAUAUUCCAAUCUUGAAUAAGAAUGAUUUUAUAAGACGUCUUAAUGAUAAGAGUAAUCCCAUUUCACCAUUACUAUUUUAUUCCGUACUGGCUUUGGGUGCUAAAUUUUCCGAUGACCCUAUCGUUCGUAUUGAUCCUAUGAAACCGGAAACUGCUGGAUACAUUUAUUUUAAUAGAGCAAAAGAUUUGUUAGAUGAUUUCUUUGAUGCUCCACGAUUAUCUACUUUACAAGCACAAAUUUUAUUGUUAAAAUUUCAAGAAGGUAUCCGUAGACCUGGAUUCUUCUUCAGAAGUUGGUUACAUUUUGGUAUCAUUCUUCGAAUGGCACAAGAAUUAGAUUUAGAAAAAAAUUUUGAAAAGUGGAAUUUAGAAAUUAGUAGAGAAGAUAUGAUCGUUAGAAAACGCGUAUGGCAAACUUGUUUCAUUUAUGAUCAAUUAAUGGGUGGUGCUCAAGGUCGAGAAACUUCUAUAUUUUUGUCAAAUACGGAUAUCGACCUUCCUUUAAAAAGUGAUUUCGAUGAUGAACAAGAAUUCAAAAUUCAUACUGAAUAUGUUCAUUUCGUUCGUCUUAUAAAAAUUCUUUCAAGUGUAUUGUCAACAAUCGCUUCAGCAGGUUCUGGUAGUUCGUUACAAGCUUGGUCGUCAAAUCCAAAAUUUCAAACUUUAGAUACGGCAUUAGAUGCUUGGUUACAAGCUCUUCCACCUAGUCUUAGAUAUCAACAAUUAGAAAAUGGAAUUUCACCUCAAACAUCCCAUUUUGCUUGUUUUAUUAAUAUCCUAUAUCAAACCGUAGUCAUCUUACUUCAUCGACCUUAUAUAUCGAAUAUUGAAAAUGGAAAAAUAACUCAAACAAAUCCGAAUCACUUAAAUAUUUGUACUGUCGCUGCAAAUAACAUAUCAUCUAUCGUAAGAGCGAUACAUGAUCAAUGGGGUCCUAACGUAUUCCAAUAUCCUAUCCGCGGAGGAAAUUAUGGUGUAUACUGUAUGGUUGCUGCGUCUAUGAUUCAUCUUGUUAAUAUGUCAUCACCUGAUUUAAGAUUUUCUAAGCCUGCUCAUGAUCAUCUGUUAAAUACCUUGAGCGUCCUCAAGGUUUGCGUUGAUCAAAGUUCAGCAUGGGAAUUAAGAGAUAAGGUCCAUGGUUUGGAAGCAGCUUUUACUGCUCAGAGAGCACGUCAUGGUUUAUUAUUCCACCCAGGAUCACAUCCGAGUUCACCAAAUAAUCACAUGAACCGACAAAGACUUAAUUUAAAGAGAACAUCAUCAACACCAAAUACUCAAGGAAUGAUGAUAACAGAUUCUGGACAUCAUUUUCUCCCAAAUAGUCUUCCAGACAAUUUUUCACAGUUUCCACAAUCAUCACCUCCACGGUUUAAUGAGCGACCUUUGUAUAUAAUAGCUGACGGAUCUGAACAACAACAAUUCUUUACCCCAGAACAAAAUCAACAUUUUGAAUUCAUUCCUCAACAUAAUUCUGUGCAUAAUUCUGUGCAUAAUUCGGUACAUAAUUCGGUGGAUGGUGGAUCAUUGAUUCCCUCACCUAUUAAUCCAAUAAGUCUUUCAACACCGAUUUCAGUGCCAACUUCACAUCAAUUCAAUCCAUUAUUACCAAUGAAUGGCACGAAACAACUUGAAAUGAGCUGUAUUGAUUCAAAUAAUACAUUCUGGGAUACUAAUUCAUUAUAUAUAUGGUCAAACACACCAGCUUCACAACCAAUGUGGACAAAUAAUAGUGGAAGUCCAUUAAGCAUAAGUACACCAGCAUCAACAACGUCACCGUCAGGUCAUCAAUCACCUGAACAUGAUUCACCAUAUUCACAUAGUGGAGUAGGAUCACCUGCUGGAUCAGUAGUUGAUCCAGUGAUUGUUGCAUCUCAAACUCACGAUAUGAUGUUACCACCAGAAAAUGUUUCAUGGUAUCAAGCAUCUUAA